UGGCUUGUGGCUUUAGCUCCAGAUGGCAGAAGGAGAGACAUCCAAGGCAGAUCUCAGGAGCAGCAAUGUGGCAGAAGUGCCCGGGCACCCCCUGGUGAUGCUGCUCCGCCGACUGGAGGCUGCGGACACCUGGCACGAAGAUAAGCUCACCAACAUCCUGAGUGCCGUGGGCAAGUUUGGCACCUUCCAGAGGCAGCUGGUGGCCCUGACCUUCAUUCCCAAUAUCCUAUCGGCCUUCUUCCUCUUUCCUGACCAGUACAUGCUCACAGACCCCAAGCCCUACUGUAACACCAGCUGGAUCCUGGCUGUGGGCCCCAACCUCUCGGAGAUCGAGCAGCUGAACCUCACCCUGCCCCGGGCACCCGACGGCGGCUUCCUGACAUGCCUCAUGUACCUGCCCGUGCCCUGGGACCUGGAUGCCAUCAUCCAGUUUGGCCUCAACCACACGAGCUCUUGCCAAAAUGGUUGGAUCUACCCUGAAGCCGAGAAGCGAUCGCUAAUCAAUGAGUUUGACCUGGUGUGUGGCAAGGAGCCCGACAAGUGGACACUGCAGAUGGUGGUCCUGGUGGGCCUCCUCAUUGGCGCUCUCAUCUUCGGCUUCUUAGGAGACAGGCUGGGCCGCUACCCCACCAUGGUGCUGUCGCUGGUGGGCUUCAUCGGCUUUGGCUUCGGGACCGCCUUCGUGAGCAAUUUCUACCUGUACCUUUUCUUCCGCUUUGGCGUCUCGCAGGCCGUGGUGGGAUAUGCCAUCAGCAGCGUGACUUUAGUGACCGAGUGGCUGGUGGGCGAGCACCGGGCCCAUGCCGUGGUCCUGGAGCACUGCUUUUUCACGGUGGGCACCGUCCUCCUGACGGGGCUGGCACACAGCAUCCCCCACUGGCGGCUCUUCUUCCUGAUGGCCGGGGUACCCAUGUUCCCCCUCAUCUCCUGCUUCUGGGUUCUGCCCAAGUCGCCUCGCUGGCUGAUGAUGAAGGGCAAGGGGAAAGAGACCAAGCAAGUGCUGUGCCACGCGGCUGCCUUGAACCGGAAGGCCAUUCCCUUGGGCCUGCUGGAGGAGCUGCCGGAAAGGAAGGUGGCGAAGGGAUCUGUCCUGGACUUCUACAGAAACAGACAGCUCUGCAAGAUGACUCUGGUGCUGAGCUGUAUGUGGUUCUGCAUCAGCUACAGCUACCUCACGCUGAGCCUCAAGAUCACAGACUUCGACAUGAGCUUCUACAUCCAGCAGGUGAUCCCCGGCAUCAUGGAGGUGCCGGCUCGGCUGUGUAGCAUCUUCCUCCUGGAGCGGUUCGGCAGGAAGUGGAGCCUGGCAAUGACCCUGCUUCAAGCGAGCAUCUUGUCCUUGCUCCUCAUCUUCCUGCCCCAAGAACUCAAGUCCCUGAGAGUGUUGGUCAUUGUGCUUGGAGAGUUCAGCCUGGCAGCCACCAUCACCGUGUUCUUCCUCCACACUGCCGAGAUCCUCCCCACGGUCCUCAGGGCAACGGGCCUCGGGCUGGUGUGUUUGGCCUCCACGGUUGGAGCCAUCUUGUCCUUGCACGUCAACAACCAGAUAUCCUCCAUGCUGACCGUAUUCCUCUCUUGCCUCGCGUGUGCCCUGGCUCUCUGCUUGGCGUCGCUGCUGCCGGAGACCCAGAACCAGCCCCUCUGUGACAGCCUGCAGCACUUCUGGCAGACCAGCUCCCUGAGAGACCUGAGUGAGGAUCUGGAUGGCAGAGCGCAGCACAAGAGCCAGGAGAUGCUGUCCUCAGAGGACACCAUAUCUGAGGAUGUGUCUGAGGAAGCAGCCAAGAACGCCAUCUUCAAUGCCCAGAUGCUGAAACUGGACCCCUACCUGCUCACCGGCACCACCUCGGACACCUCCAGAAGCUGGGAAGACCCCUGAACUCCUUGGGUGGAGCUAGGCAGCUGGACCCGGGGGCUGUGGAGGCCAGGCAGUGGAUGGAGGACCUGUCUGGCUUGGAGAGUAGGGGUCAGUCCAGGGACAGCCCCUGCUGCCUGGGGGAGCUGAAUAUGGGCUUCACACCCAUUAAAGGUGCCAUGUUGGUCUUGA